AUGAUCAACUACACCAAACAGCUUCUACAUUCUAAUUUUAAACUCAAGGACUUGGGAGUACUAAAAUAUUUCUUGGGUUUGGAGGUAGCUAGAUCCUUUAGAGGGAUCAAUUUAUGUCAAAGAAAAUACGCUUUGGAGCUUAUAUCAGAAUCACGUUUGUCAGCUUCUAAGCCCUCUGCAGUUCCUAUGGAAUCAACUUUAAAGCUUACAUUGGUUGCUUAUGAUGAACUUUUCCCUGCUGGUCAUGAUCCACUUCUUCCUGAUCCCAGCAUUUAUCAAAGAUUGGCAUCCUGUCUCAUGACAAGGAAAUCUGUAACUGGAUAUUGCAUCUUUCUCGGUAAGUCUUUAAUAUCAUGGAAAUCUAAAAGGCAGGCCACUGUUUCUAGGUCUUCUUCAGGGGCAAAGUAUAGGGUCAUGGCUUGUACGGCUGCCAAUCACAUUGCAUCCAAUUCUAUUUUUCAUGAAAAGACUAAACACAUUGACAUUGAUUGUCAUGUUGUGAGAGAACAACUCGCCAGGGAUUAUCAAGACUACCUAUCCAUAUGUGCCAAUGUUAAUUACUGUUAG